AUGGCCCUCAAGACAUCACUAUCGACAGCUCUGAAAUCCUUCCAGCAAUCACAUGCAAAGUUCCGAGUGCUAAAGACUAUUCAACCAUCGCUACCCAAUCCCCAGGAUCCCGUGAAACUACAACAGAAAGAUGCUCCCAAGACUCUUUUCAUCCUUGACUCCUCAUUCAACCCUCCUUCCACAGCACAUCUUGCAUUGGCCCAGUCAGUCCUGGAGAGUAGUCUAAUAGCUCAGCACGUCGGGCCUCAUCGACUCCUCCUACUCUUCAGCACAUCAAACGCAGACAAGGCUCCAUCGCCCGCAUCGUUUGAUCAUCGGCUCUCGAUGAUGACAGUAUUCUCCCGAGAUCUGCUCACCAAUAUCCCGCCGAAUCAUAUGCCAGUCCCCAUCGAUAUUGGUGUGACUWCUGCACCUUACUAUACCGAUAAGUCUGCUGCCAUCGAGUCCGCGGAUGGCCAGGAAUGGUAUUCUUCGGAACCUGUCCACCAUGUGCACCUCAUAGGUUUCGACACAUUAGUCCGCUUCUUCGCCGCAAAGUAUUAUGCAGAGAAAUUCGACCCGCCCUUCUCAGCUCUUGAACCUUUCUUCGAUGCUGGUCAUCGCUUGAGAGUAACGCUGAGGCCGCAGCAAUCUGAGGGAGGGAGUAUCGAGGAGCAAAGGGCAUUCGUGAAACGACUUGAGAAUGGUGAAAUGGAAUCAGAUGGUGGGAAGAGGGAGUGGGCAAAGCAAGUUGAACUUGUAGAACCUGCACCUGAAGCUGGAGUAAGCAGCACCAAGAUUCGAGAGGCGGCCAAAGGAGAGGAUUGGAAGACUGUGGAUAGACUCUGUACGCCCGGCGUGGCGGAAUGGGUCAAGAGAGAGGGAUUGUAUGCAGAAUGA